AUGAGCUCCUCGCCUGCGCGCCGGUCCUCGCUGUCGCUGUCGCCAUGGACCAAGUCGGUGGCCGCCGGGUCCGUCUCGGGCAUGGCGAGCGUGGUGGCGUGCCACCCUUUUGACACCAUCCGCACGCGCCUGCAGCUGUCGCCCGCGCGCUUCUGCGGGUUCUUCCACUGCGCGCAGCAGACCGUCCAGCAGGAGUCAAUGCGCGGCCUGUAUAAGGGCUUCCUGCCGCCCUUCUUCAGCCAGGGGGUGUACAAGGCCGUCAUCUUCACCACGUCCUCCACGCUGCGCAACGACGUGCUGCCCCACGUGCCGCUACUGCAGCUGGUGCUCACGCCGACGGUAGUGUCGCUGACGGCGGGGGCGGUGGCGGGCGGCGUCAACGCCUUCCUCGUGGCGCCCGUGGAGCUCGUGCGCAACCGCCUGCAGGUCCAGUACGACAACCAGCCAGCGUCGCGGAGGUACCGAGGGGCGUAUCACUGCGUCACGCAAGUUGUGCGCAACGAGGGCAUCGCGGCCAUGUGGAAGGGGCUCACCACUACCGUCAUCCGAGACUCGCUGGGCGUGGCCUUCUACUUCUUGGGCUACGACUUCGCCAAGCAGCGCCUCACUGCAAGCGGGAGGUUGGGGGAGACGGCGACGCUGCUGACUGCUGGGGCCUUCGGAGGCGUCAGCUUCUGGGCGGUGGCACUGCCGUUCGACACGAUCAAGUCGCUGAUUCAAGCCGACGGAAGAGAUGGCAAGUACACGGGCCUCGUCUCGAGCACAGCCAAGUUGGUGCGGGAAGAAGGCGUCAUGCAGCUCUUCCGAGGCUGGCAGGCGGCCUUCUCGCGUGGAAUCCCGAGCGCUGCCAUCACGUUUUGGACCUUCGAACGAGCAAACAAAUUCCUUAACGAGAUGUGA